AUGGAGGACACAAUGCUACUGAAGACCGAAGGUGUUCAGAAGACAAUUCUUUAUGGAGGAAUAGGUGAAAUUCCUAGAUUCCUUACUGGAUCAAGAGUGACAUUCCAUUUCCGUACCAUGAAGUGUGAUGAAGAUCGUACUGAGAUUGACGACAGCAAGAAGGUUGGCAAGCCUAUGGAAAUAAUUAUAGGAAACAUGUUUAAACUGGAGAUUUGGGAAAUUUUACUGAAAUCCAUGAGAAUUGGGGAAGUGGCAGAAUUUCGCUGCGAUGUCAUUCACACAGGACUGUACCCAAUUGUUUCGAAGAGCCUGCGACUGAUUGCAGAGGGGAAAGACCCAACAGAAUGGCACAUUCAUACCUGUGGACUGGCAAACAUGUUUGCAUAUCACAGUCUAGGGUAUGAUGACUUAGAUGAACUGCAGAAAGAGCCUCAGCCUCUUAUCUUCAUUAUGGAACUUCUAAAGGUGGAACAGCCAAGUGCAUACAAAAGAGAAACAUGGGCCAUGGAUGAUGCAGAGAAAAUGAAAGCUGUUCCAAUUUUACAUGGUGAAGGGAACCGGCUCUUUAAACUGAAACGGUAUGAGGAUGCAAUAGCAAAAUACAGAGAGGCAGUCAUAUGUCUUAAGAACUUACAAAUAAAGGAGAAGGCAUGGGAGGCUCCUUGGUUAAAACUAGAGAAGCUGAUUUGUACUCUUGUCCUAAACUACUGUCAGUGUUUACUGCAGAUGAAGGAGUAUUACGAAGUGCUGGAGCAAACCACAGACUUAAUUACCCAUCACCCAGGACUUGUAAAAGCAUAUUAUCUGAGAGCCAGAGCUCACAUGGAAGUUUGGAAUGAAGCUGAAGCAAAAGCAGAUUUUCAGAAAGUCUUGGAGUUGGAUCCUGGUAUGAAAAAGAUUAUUACAAAAGAACUGCGGACUUUGGAUUGUAGCAUGCAAGAAAAGAAUGAAGAGGAAAAACAAAAAUAUAAAAACAUGUUCAGCUACUCAUAA